UUGUAAAAAAUUACCAUAUACUUCAAUUGUAUCCAAGAGAAUAUAAAUAUGGAUUAACUAUCAUCUUUGGUAGUAUUAAAACGUCUUAUAUUAGAAGAAUUUCUGAAACUACUUCGAAUUUCUUGAAUGUAACAUUACCAACAAAAUUAACAUUUGUUAGUAACCCUACAACUUUAUUAAAAAUAAAAAAUAAAAAUAAAUAGUUUACGCGUGUAAAUUUUUUCACGACUGCUUCCUAUAGCUAUAAAUACAGCUCUCUCAACUCAUUUUUACUCCAUUCAAACACACUGCUCUCUACCCAACAACAUUUCACCUCAAUUCUCUCAAAUUUCAUCGAUCGCGUUCAUCAAUCAACAAAAUGAAGGUUAAGAUUGUGGUGAGGGUGUCGAUGAACGACGAGAAAUUUCGCUACAAAGCCCUAAAAAUCGCGGUCGGUAUCUCCGGCGUCGAAUCGGCGGCUCUGGCGGGGGCGGAGAAGGAUCAGGUGGUGGUGGUGGUGGUGGGGGAGAGCAUCGACGCGGUGGUUCUCACGCGCCAGCUGAGGAAGGGCGUGGGGCACGCGGAGCUCGUGAGCGUCGGUGAGGAUAAGAAGGAGGAGAAACCCCCCGCUAAGGUGGAGGCGCCGGCGCCGGCGCCGGCGGUGCCAUUCGUGUGGUCGUACGCGCCAAGCUAUCCCGGGUAUAACAGCUACCCGGUUUAUGAAACGCGGUCGAGCGACCCGGCGUGCACGAUCAUGUGAAGAAUUGGGAAAAAUUUGAGUUCCAUAAAUUGAUUAUUGAGUUGACUCGAACAUGACAAUUUGGUAUUGGAAUUGAGACCUCUUAUCAAUUGAGGUGUGAUCGGUAGUUUAUGUAGUUUCGAUUUUUUUGCAUGGGAGUUUGUCAAAAUAGAAACUGAUUUUAUGCUUGUGUUAGUUAUACUGAAAAUUUCCAAACAAAAAAUUCAAAAAAAAAAAUAUUAAUUUUUUUUAUUAUGUACAAUAAUAUGUAUUCCUCUCAAAUAGAGCUUCUCUUAUAAACUCAUUUCCAACAUCGUUACAUUUAA